AGCUACGCCACAUAUCCAGAACGCUUGGCUUGGAUUUCUCCCUCUCAGUCUCAGCAAUGUUUACUUCAAUUGCUAUCCGAAAAAAAUAAAAGAGUUAUUAAAUAAUAAAAUAUUUCCGUUCACCGACUCCAUUAGAGAAGAACAGAGAUGCCGCUGGCACUUUCAGUACCCGGUCUUCUUCACUCGCCAUUUCUUUUAUCUCCUCUUAAAACCUGCAGCAACGCUACUUCAUUCAAGAAUUUGAGACAUCAACAGUUGUCUCCAUUUUAUCCACGCAUUAGAGCUGUUGAGCUCGAUCAAAACACGAUAAUUGCAAUAUCUGUUGGGGUUGCUAGCGUUGCUAUGGGUAUAGGUAUUCCAGCCUUCUACGAAUCCCAAAUUGAUAAUGCUGCAAAGCGAGAAAAUACUCAGCCAUGCUUCCCUUGCAGUGGCUCCGGUGCUCAAAAAUGCAGAUUCUGUUUGGGAACAGGAUCAGUGACAGUAGAGCUUGGUGGUGAGGAGAAAGAAGUUUCUAAGUGCAUCAAUUGUGAUGGUGCAGGUUCCUCGACAUGCACAACAUGCCAAGGAAGCGGAAUACAACCGCGAUAUCUUGAUCGCAGAGAAUUCAAGGAUGACGAUUAAAACUGUUGAGAAGUAUUAGCAAUGAUUUUGGCCUUCAUCCAACGGCGCAUCAAUUGUACAAUGGGAACUUUAAGAGAUCAACCUUGUUCUAAUUACACCUUUUUCUUGUUUCAUCAAGUUAUUUCUUAUGUUAUGUUUGCAUAUAGCUUUCUCCAUGAUACUUGUAAUGUACUCGGUUUAUUUAUUUUUCUUUUUAUACAUUUUAUUUCUUUUUA